UUUUAUCGUACCAUUUCUGUCUCCACAGGAUGAGUACUCCAUCUUCCCUCAGACGUACUCCAUAGACAUAAAUGGCUAUAUCCUGGUCUAUUCCGUCACGUCCAAUAAAAGCUUUGAAGUGGUCCAAGUGAUUCACGAAAAACUGCUGGACAUGGUGGGGAAAGUUCAAGUUCCCAUCAUGCUUGUUGGAAACAAGAAUGACCUGCACAUGGAGCGAGUAAUCAGCUGCGAAGAAGGGAAAGCAUUAGCCGACUCCUGGAACGCUGCCUUCAUGGAAUCCUCGGCCAAAGAAAACCAGACCGCCGUGGAGGUUUUCCGCAGGAUGAUCCUGGAGGCGGAGAAGAUGGACGGUGGCGCUCAGCCUGGCAAGACGUCUUGCGCCGUCAUGUAGGGGGAGGACACAACCAACGCAACUAAGCGCGCGCACAUGCACA